AUGAAGGUUGAGUUCGUGUCCAAACAAAUCAUAAAGCCAUCUUCUCCAACACCCCAAAACCUUAUAAUUUACCAACUGUCUUUUAUUGACCAGAUUGCUCCUAUAUUUCACACUCGUAUGCUAUUUUUCUAUCCCAAUAUUGAGAACCAGUUUGCUAACGAUGGGUGUGAGAGGCUAAAGACUUCAUUGUCUGAGACUCUAACCCAUUUCUAUCCACUGGCAGGCAGAGUCAAAUACAACAAAGUGAUUGAAUGUAACGAUGAAGGUGUCGAGUUUUGCGAGACUCGUGUCCAUGGCUUCCUUUCCGACACCCUUAAACAACCCGAUGCUGACUUUGUACACCACUUUGUGCCGGUCGAUGAUGCCCAUUUAGGAAGUGGGUUUUUAAUGAAAGUUCAAGUGAAUUUGUUUGAUUGUGGAGGUUUGGCCAUUGGUGUAUCCUUUUCUCACAAGAUUGCCGAUGCUUCAACAAUUGGUUCGUUCAUUAAGGCAUGCUCUUGUACGGCUGUUGGGUGCAUGACUGAGUCGAUGCUUCCUAAAUACGUUAUGGAAUCUCAUUUCCCUUCCAUGGAGUUUUCAAAUGAUCUGCCACCUUUAGAGUUCAAACCCUCCAAUUGCAUCACGAGAAGGUACGUGUUUGAAUCCUCAGAGAUCACAAAAUUGAAGGCCAAAGCAUCAAGCAAACUGGUGGAACAACCAACUCGAGUGGAGUCAGUAUUGGCACUAAUAUGGAAAUGUGCUACAAUUGCAUCAAGAACAAACCUAGGAAUAACCAAAAGACCAUCCAAGAUAGGCCAAGCAAUAAAUAUUCGUAAAAGGACUAACCCACCUUUACCUGAGACCUCUGUCGGGAACUGCUUGAGUAACUUCAUAGCAGAAAUAGAAGAUACGGACAUGGACGUUCAAACAUUGGUGGUUCAAUUAAGGGAAGCUCUUGAACUAUUUUCAAAAGAACGUGCUCAUAAACUUGAAGAUAAAAAUAUCGCUUUCUCGAUACUUAGUGAGGGAUGGAAGGAUGUUGAAUUGGCAUAUAAAGGAGGCAUAGAUUUCUAUAUGUGCACGAGCUGGUGUCGUUUUGAGUUUUAUGAAGCAGAUUUUGGGUGGGGAAAGCCCAAGUGGGUGAGUAUUCCUUCUAUGAAGAUAAAGAAUUCUAUUUAUUUGAUGGAUACGAGUGAUGGAAAAGGAAUAGAAGCAUGGGUGACUUUGAGCCAACAAGACAUGGCCUUGGUUGAGAAAAAUCAUGAACUACUUGAAUUUGCGUCGUUGAAUCCAACUAUCAUAUAAGAUAAAAGAAUGAUAAA